AUGGGCGGGGAGUGCCACUCUGAGUGCCAGGACGAAGAGAGAGCCUAUUCUCGUUGCUCAAGCGGUUGCAGGUGUUGCGUUCCUGACCGCAAGUGCAGUUCGACUCCCUGGAAGUGCAAGAAACUGGGCGGUGCUUGUGAGAUUCUUGAUCUGAUCUCCUUAAGUGUCUGUGAUUCUGUGGAUCUGACGGCCUGUCCUGGCUGUGGGUGCUGUAUUAAUUGUAGAGCCCAGUACAACAAAUCGUGCCUAAAGCUCUACAACGGCUCCUGUAAAUCCAAGUGCGAUUCUUCCGAACUUGAAAUACAGAGAUGCGAGUCCGGGUGCGUUUGCUGUGGGUGUCGCGCGAAGAGGAAGUGUACAUCGAGAGGAGGUCUUUGCGUCCCCAGCAAGGCGCACUGCAAGGGCACAGCGUACAGCGCUUGGUGUUAUAGAAGCUGCUUCUGCUGUGUCCCAGAUAAACCUUGUGGGUGGAACACGCCGAAGUGUUUGGAAUAUUCCGGAUACUGUGGCAAAUCCUGCUCAGGCGGAGAAGUGGCUUUAAAUGGGAUAUGCGGAAAGUCAAACUGCGUCUGUUGCAUCAGCGACCCGUCCCCGUGUGCCCAAGGGGAAUGCCCCAGGGUAGGCGGCAGAUGCUCUCGGGUGUGCCCCUCCUUCAUGGAUUCUGUGCCUGAGCUGUGCCCAGGGGAAAACUGCACGUGCUGCCUGUACCUGAAGGCAAAGUGA